AUGGCCCCCGCCAUUGGAAUUGAUCUCGGAACCACCUACUCCUGUGUGGGCAUCUUCCGUGAUGACAGGAUCGAAAUCAUUGCCAACGAUCAGGGCAACCGAACCACUCCCUCAUUCGUCGCCUUCACAGAUACCGAGCGCCUGAUCGGAGAUGCCGCAAAGAACCAGGUCGCCAUGAACCCGGCGAACACGGUCUUCGAUGCAAAGCGUCUCAUCGGUCGCAAGUUCGCAGAUGCAGAGGUUCAGGCUGACAUGAAGCACUUCCCUUUCACCGUCCUCGACCGUGCUGGAAAGCCAGUCGUCGAGGUUGAGUUCAAGGGCGAGAAGAAGCAAUUCACACCCGAGGAAAUCUCGUCAAUGAUCUUGGUCAAGAUGCGAGAAACCGCUGAGGCAUAUCUCGGUGGAACUGUCAACAACGCCGUCGUUACCGUCCCCGCCUACUUCACCGAUUCACAACGUCAAGCUACAAAGGAUGCCGGUUUGAUUGCCGGUCUCAACGUUCUUCGAAUCAUCAACGAGCCAACCGCUGCUGCCAUCGCCUACGGUCUUGACAAGAAGGUUGAGGGUGAGCGGAAUGUCCUCAUCUUCGAUCUGGGUGGUGGAACUUUCGAUGUUUCCCUCUUGACCAUUGAGGAAGGUAUCUUCGAGGUCAAGUCAACUGCUGGUGACACUCACUUGGGUGGUGAGGAUUUCGACAAUCGCCUCGUUAACCACUUUGUUAACGAGUUCAAACGAAAACACAAGAAGGACCUCUCUUCAAAUGCUCGUGCUCUCCGUCGUCUCCGCACUGCUUGCGAGCGUGCCAAGCGAACCCUGUCCUCAUCGGCACAAACCUCCAUCGAAAUCGACUCUCUCUUCGAGGGUAUUGAUUUCUACACCUCCAUCACCCGUGCUCGAUUUGAAGAGCUUUGCCAGGACCUCUUCCGAUCCACCACCACCCCUGUCGACCGUGUCCUUGCUGAUGCGAAGAUUGACAAGUCCAAGGUCCAUGAGAUCGUCCUCGUCGGAGGUUCCACUCGUAUUCCCAGAAUCCAAAAGCUCAUCACCGACUACUUCAACGGCAAGGAGCCCAACAAGUCGAUCAACCCCGAUGAGGCUGUUGCCUACGGUGCUGCCGUCCAAGCUGCCAUUCUUUCCGGCGAUACCUCCUCCAAGUCAACCAACGAGAUCCUCCUUCUCGAUGUUGCGCCAUUGUCCCUCGGCAUCGAGACCGCUGGUGGCCAGAUGACCAAGCUCAUUCCCCGCAACACCACCAUCCCCACAAAGAAGUCGGAAGUCUUCUCCACUUUCUCCGAUAACCAACCUGGUGUGCUCAUUCAAGUUUUCGAGGGUGAGCGUCAACGAACCAAGGAUAACAACCUGUUGGGCAAGUUCGAGCUUACCGGAAUCCCACCUGCGCCUCGUGGUGUCCCCCAAAUCGAGGUUACCUUCGAUCUUGAUGCCAACGGAAUCAUGAACGUUUCUGCUCUCGAGAAAGGUACCGGCAAGAUCAACAAGAUUGUCAUCACUAAUGAUAAGGGCCGUUUGUCAAAGGAGGAGAUUGAGCGCAUGUUGGCUGAGGCUGAGAAGUAUAAGGCUGAGGAUGAGGCCGAGGCUGGACGUAUCGGUGCCAAGAACGGUCUUGAAUCUUACGCAUACUCGCUCCGAAACACCCUCUCCGACUCCAAGGUCGAUGAGAAGCUGGAUGCGGCGGACAAGGAGAAGUUGAAGGCCGAGAUCGACAAGACUGUUGCCUGGUUGGAUGAGAGCCAACAGGCUACCAAGGAGGAGUAUGAGGAGCACCAGAAGGAGCUGGAGGCCGUUGCUAACCCCAUCAUGAUGAAAUUCUAUGGAGCUGGCGGCGAGGCUGGCGGCAUGCCAGGCGGAAUGCCUGGUGGUGGCCCAGGAGGAUUCCCAGGUGCUGGUGGUGCUGGUGCUACUCAUGAUGACGGCCCAACUGUCGAGGAGGUCGACUAA